AUGACUUCCAAGAGGGCGCAAACUGGAGCUACAAGUGACGAAGACGAUAAUAUUUCGAUUACUUCAACUGUUGGCAGUGAGCCACAGUCUGAAUAUGAAGUGGAAUCUAUUCUUGCUCAAAAGAGCUUUCCAAAUGGUGAUGUGUAUCUGGUAAAAUGGGCUGGCUAUCCGUUGGAGAGGGCAACAUGGGAGCCGGAGGACUCCUUUUGUGAUCCGAAUAUUUUGCUGGCAUGGAAGAGGAAAAUCGCAUCUGGGGAUCAUGAGUCGUUAGGUGUGGAUGUGGAUGAUCUGACACGCAGGAUUGAGGAAAUUGAAAGUGCAAAACUCGACAGGCGUCGCAGGCGUUGGGCAAAGCGCAUUCGUCUCGGGAUCCCGGCAUCCCCUUUGACUGAUGGUUCUGAUGCCGUUUCUGCUGGCCAGGACAGCGACUCGAACUUUGAUGACUUUACCGUUGACGAUGAUGUUGAUGUGGAGGGCGAAGAUGAAGAAGAAGUGUGGCAGUCAUUGCGGAGGAAACGACAACACUCAUCCAGCACCAAAAAAACAACCCCCCGCGCAGGAAUGGCUGCUUCUCCUUCGCUGCCCAGUGGCACCCCAAGCAAGCAUCAAAUUCCGGCUUCAAUAGCGCCAUCAUCAACUGGGUUUCCGAACAAGAGGAAGAAAAUCGAUACGACUUCGACAACCAGAUCUCCUGCAACUAAUAAUCAAUCCACACAGUCUUCAAAACCGACAUCGUUAUUAGAGCAAAGACAAACUUCAAAGGACUCUCAGAAUGCUCCUGCACGCCACCAAACGCGGCCAACUUUAAAGUUACAAACCUCAUCCUCCACUAAUCCUUCGUCCUCAGAACCUACAAAAUCUGCGAAGUUAACUUCGCAGGUCAAAGGGCCCUUGAUCCCCACUGGGCCAGCGAACCGAACUGUUCCUGUCCUCACAAAAAAACAAAAUGCGUCAAAGCCAAAACUCUUCCGCAAUUUAUCCUCUAAAAACAGAUAUGAGAAAACUAUGCGGCGGGACGUAAUACCAGAUAUAAAGCAACUGGAUUUGAGACCACCAGGCAAAUGGAUUGCGCCCCAGAAUGAUAAAACUCCGCUAUCUGCAUCGCCGUCCCGACUGCAUGCACCUCGCAAUUCAGAAAGCUUUCCCAGGGUAGAUGGGCCAGUUGAGGCGAGAAGCAGUUGCCAGCCAGAUCAGCUCCAACUCGCCUCGGUACAAUCACCAUCAAAAUUGAUUCAUAAAGGCUCUCCUAGUAGUUGCAGUCCGGGAACAUCUGUCCUCCCAUCGGUAUUUUCUCCAAGCAAAGCCAAUUCCAUAGAAUUAUAUGAUAAAGGUCCACCAAAGGGAAUGAAAGGAACUGGGACCGGUUUCCAAUCACAGGCAAAAGCCGUGGUCCACCUCCGAUUUGGACCAACGGGCAAGGAAAUAGGCGAUGUCAGAUUGGGAGGCUUGACAAGAAAAACAGUUCGGCAAUUGUUACUCCUUAAAUCACAAAACAAGAUUGAUAUGCAUUUUAAAGAUGUGUGCAACCUUGACGAAUACAGACAAUUGUGUGACAGAAGAAAAAACAUAAAAUACUGCAGCGGCUGGGUACUUGCGUCUGGCAAUGCUACCUUUGCAGUGUGA